AUGACUCCGGCUCCAGAGCCCCAAGAUCCUCCCACCAUCCACGAACCCGUUGCCACUGAACAGACCGACGACAUCAGCGACUGGGACGUCGAGAGCGACUAUGAAGACGGCUAUGGCGCCCCAUCCAAGUCUCAGGCCCAAGGCGGCGCUUCUGCUGCCGACCGACCCAAGAUCAACGCCCAUGCCCGAAUCGACGACCAGAUGACCGACCUCGCCAGGCACGCCUCCAAGAUUCGCCUGGACAAUCUCACGAUGCAGCAGAUCUUCCGCGACAAAGAUCGGACUGAUAAUGCUACCAGCGAUCAGGUCCUCGACAACCACACUCGCAUGAUCAUCCUGAACAUGCUUAACCGCAACAUCAUCAGCGAGAUCUACGGCACGAUCAGCACUGGUAAAGAAGCCAACGUCUACAACGCCGUCGCUUACGACAACAAUGGCGAGCGCAUUGAGCGUGCCGUCAAGGUGUACAAGACAAUCAUCCUAGGCUUCAAGGAUCGUGAGCGGUAUCUUGCGGGAGAGCAGCGUUUCAAGACCAUCGUCGACAAAGCGCUUAGUGCACCGCGCAAGAUGAUCAAGCUCUGGGCCGAGAAGGAGUUCCGCAACCUCAAGCGCCUUCACACUGCCGGCAUCCCGUGUCCAGAGCCGAUCUAUCUUAAGUAUAACGUCAUGGUCAUGGGAUUCCUUGGCGACCACACCAACGGCUAUGCCUUCCCCCGUCUGCACGAUACCAAGAUUACCGGUGAGACGCUGGAGGAGACAGAGGCUGAGUGGCGACGCCUCUACAUCAACCUACUCAGCAUGAUGCGCCGCAUGUACCAGGUCUGCGGCCUGGUGCACGGCGAUCUGAGCGAGUACAACAUCCUCUACAACGAAGGCGUCCUCUACAUUAUAGAUGUGUCGCAGUCCGUCGAACACGAUCACAUCGAAGCGACCAACUUCUUGCGCAUGGACAUUAGAAAUGUCAACGACUUCUUCGCCCGCCGGGGCGUCGACACCCUGUCUGAUCGCACAGUCUACCACUUCAUCACCGACAGCACUGGAGCGGUCGACGAAAACGGCAUGCGUAAGGCCAUAGACAACCUAUAUGCGACGCGCCCUCCCCUCGCCGAGAGCGAGGAGGCCCGCGCCGAGCAGGAGAUUGACAACCAGGUCUUCCGCAACCAGUUCAUCCCCACCACGCUCGAGGAAGUGUACAACCUCGAGGUCGAGCUCGGUAAGAAGGUCGACACCCGGCUGUACCAGCACAUGCUCGCCGACAGCAAGGUGCCUGAGUCGACUGGUGGUGAGCACAAGAGUGGGGAAGGGGGGGAGUCUGGGAGCGAAGACGAGGAAGGAGACGAGGGAGAGAGUGGAGAGGUGGAGAGUGGAGAUGAAGAAAGAGAGGAGGGUGAGGGUGACCGUUUUGAGAAGAAGCGGCCCCGCGGGAAGAAGCACUUGGAUAAGGCGGAAAAACAUGCGCACAAGAUGGCGGUCAAAGAGGCCAAGCGGGAGAAGAGGAAGGAAAAGAUGCCCAAGCAUGUCAAGAAAAAGUUGGUUGCGGCAAACAAGAAGAGGAAGUAA